AUGCAGUGGGAGACCUCCAUUUUAGAGGAAUACAAUAUUAAUUGGACUCAGAAGCUGGGAGCUGGAAUUAGUGGUCCAGUUAGGGUCUGUGUGAAAAAAUCUACCCAAGAAAGAUUUGCCCUGAAAAUCCUUCUUGAUCGUCCAAAAGCUCGGAAUGAGGUACGUCUGCACAUGAUGUGUGCGACACACCCAAAUAUUGUGCAGAUUAUCGAAGUAUACGCUAAUAGUGUGCAGUUUCCUCAUGAGUCCAGUCCAAGGGCUCGACUCCUAAUUGUAAUGGAGAUGAUGGAAGGGGGAGAGCUAUUUCACAGAAUCAGCCAGCACCGGCACUUUACAGAGAAGCAAGCCAGCCAAGUAACAAAGCAGAUAGCUUUGGCUUUGCAGCACUGUCACUCACUAAACAUUGCACACAGAGACCUCAAGCCUGAGAACCUGCUCUUCAAAGAUAACUCUUUGGAUGCUCCGGUUAAGUUGUGUGACUUUGGAUUUGCCAAAAUAGACCAAGGGGACUUGAUGACACCACAGUUCACCCCUUACUAUGUAGCACCUCAGGUAUUAGAGGCACAAAGAAGGCAUCAGAAGGAGAAGUCUGGGAUUAUACCUACCUCGCCCACACCCUACACUUAUAAUAAGAGCUGUGACUUGUGGUCCUUGGGGGUGAUAAUUUAUGUGAUGCUGUGCGGCUAUCCACCUUUUUACUCCAAACACCACAGUCGGACAAUUCCAAAGGACAUGCGGAGAAAGAUCAUGACAGGAAGCUUUGAGUUUCCUGAGGAAGAAUGGAGCCAAAUCUCAGAGAUGGCCAAAGACAUUGUGAGAAAGUUGCUAAAGGUCAAACCAGAGGAACGACUUACCAUUGAGGGGGUGUUGGACCAUCCCUGGUUAAACUCAAAUGAAGCACUGGACAAUGUGCUGCCAUCUGCCCAGCUGAUGAUGGAUAAGGCAGUAGUUGCUGGAAUCCAACAGGCUCAUGCAGAACAACUGGCCAACAUGAGGAUCCAGGACCUCAAAGUCAGCCUCAAACCUUUGCAUUCUGUAAAUAAUCCCAUUCUCAGAAAGAGGAAAUUGCUUGGCACGAAGCCAAAGGAUGGUGUCUACAUCCAUGACCCUGAGAAUGGAGCAGAAGAUUCUAAUGUGGCUCUGGAGAAGCUGCGAGAUGUCAUUGCUCAGUGUAUUCUGCCCCAGGCUGGAGAGAACGAAGACGAGAAGCUGAAUGAGGUGAUGCAGGAGGCGUGGAAGUACAAUCGGGAAUGCAAACUCCUCCGAGACACCCUGCAGAGCUUCAGCUGGAAUGGACGUGGAUUCACAGAUAAAGUGGAUCGACUUAAACUGGCCGAAAUUGUAAAACAAGUGAUUGAAGAACAGACUGCCUCUCACGAGUCCCAGUAGCCCCAACCUCAGAGCAUUAGUUUGGUUUUGGUUUAUUUUUUACAUUUUGAAAAU